AUGGCCGCAUCUUUGUCCCAGAUGACAGAGUUGGUCAUCCUUCGCACCAUUGCGAGUGCCAUCAAAGGCGACGCUCGAGGCGCUACCUACGCAGUCAGCGGUCGCAUUCCCGUCAAGCCAAGCAGUGACCGGGACGAUGGCAUCGAUCGGCACAACAUCGAAGGCGGCCUCCGUCCUUCGAACCCCAUUCAGAUCCGCUUCGAUGAGGGCGGCCAGGGGGUGAAACUGACCCUACCGAUCACCAAGACCAGUCUCGACACUCCUUCCCUCAAGCCUCAUCAGGGACAGUCCCCGACCAAGGACCCUGACACCAUCCCUCUCGAGCUCCAGCGACUACUCUCCGCCGCAACAACGGCAUCACUCGUUCACGGCAGCCAGCACAAGCAGAACCAGAGCACUGGUCAGCUCAGCAGCGACGACUUCCUCACGUCUUUCUGUCCCUACAACACCGGCAUCGUAGAUGUGGUCCAGCAGAUCAUGCUGCCGUAUGGCUUGCUCAAGGAAGGCGACCGCGGCAUUCGCGCAGAGUUGUGCGAGCUCGCAAUCUGCAGCGCACCAUGCGGACCUUCCAAGACCCACCUCAGCCCUGAUCGGAGCGACAAGCUGAUCGGUAGACUCAUCGUUGCCCUGCCCGUGGAGCAUCAAGGCGGUGGACUCGUUGUCCGGCGUGGCGGCGAGGAAAUCGAGCGAGAGCAGGUGUUCGACUGGUCGCAGUCCUCGACAGACCCGCCUAUCAUCCAAUGGGCCGCCUUCCACUCCGACUGCGAGCACGAAGUCCUCGAAGUCGCUUCAGGCCACCUCAUCACCCUAACCUACGACCUCUUCUCCCAGAUCACGACAGGCCAUCUUGCCGGACAGAAGAGCGUCCUCGAUCCCACCCGGCUACCACUAUACAAGACGCUCAGCACUGCACUUGACUCCCCGAGCUUCCUGCCCAGAGGGGCACUCUUAGUCGUAGAUCUUUGGCAUCAUUACGCCCACACUUCACCAACCCACAACUGCCUCCCUCAUUCCCUCAAGAGCGCCGAAAUGGCCCUCUACGAGGUCGCUGGGGCGCUGAGGUUGCAGCGCUACGUGCGUCCUCUGUGCGAGGCCCGCGAGGAGACGGCCGCGGGUCCCUACGACGAUGGCCAGCGAACCAUGUUGCUUGGCAGGAGGUUCGUUCCGAUUGAAGAAGUCGAAUUCGUGGAAAGCUUCUGGGAUCAUCCACAGAUAAUGCACGAGUACCUUGAGGUGCAAGACAAGUGGGAGGAUGGCAAGGUGAUCUGGCUCAACGAUCCUAACCCCAGCACGAUGUUGGCACAGGCGGUGUUCUAUGACCACGAUUCGGGAAAUGACCAUGUGCAUGGAGAGUCGAUCGAGUACACUAGAGCGAUCAUGCUCAUCAAGGUCCCGCCGUUUGAUGCUCGUGGCCAGAUGCCGGUUGAGGGCCAGGGGGUCUUUGAGGGGAUUGGUUUGUUAGAGGAGGGCGCCGAUGAUCAGGAUGUUGAGGAAGGUGGAGAGGAAGAUGGAUGA